AGCGCACGAAAUUUCCCUUCAGUCAUACUCAUGUGUGUACAUGGUAAUUUAGGGUUUGGUUUGAAACAUUUAGGCUAGGCGGGGCGUGGCGGAGCUGAAUCGGAGGCAUGAAGCUCACCGUGAAGACUCUGAAAGGCAGCCAUUUCGAAAUCAGGGUUCAGCCCUCAGACACUAUUAUGGCAGUCAAGAAGAAUAUCGAAGAUGUACAAGGCAAAGACAAUUACCCAUGUGGACAGCAAUUGCUCAUUCACAAUGGUAAGGUUUUGAAAGAUGAAACUACUUUAUCCGACAAUAAGGUCUCUGAGGAUGGUUUUCUUGUUGUCAUGCUUAGUAAGGGUAAAACCUUGGGAUCUGCUGGCAUUUCAUCAACUCAGUUUGCUAGCAACCCACCUACAACUGUAUCAACACCAAAUUCCACGCCUCUAGUUCAACCUCAAUCUGCAAACAACAAUGCAUCUGCCACAGAUGUCACAACUACAAAUGUGACUACAAAUACUUAUGGUCAGGCGGCUUCAAAUUUAGUUGCUGGUAGUAAUCUGGAGCAGACUAUUCAGCAACUUAUGGACAUGGGUGGCGGCAGUUGGGACAGAGAUACAGUUACUCGUGCUCUUCGAGCAGCUUACAAUAACCCAGAGCGUGCUGUAGAUUACUUGUAUUCUGGAAUUCCUGUAGCAGCAGAAAUUGCUGUGCCAGCUGCUUCUUACCCAAUCAGUCAGACAACAGAAACAGGUGGGGCCUCUGUCGGAGCUGUUCCUGGGGUCCCUAAUUCAUCUCCCUUGAAUAUGUUUCCACAGGAAACAAUUUCUGGUGCUGGAGCUGAAAUUGGAUCGCUUGACUUUCUUAGAAACAAUCCCCAGUUUCAAGCAUUACGCUCAAUGGUGCAAUCCAAUCCGCAAAUUCUGCAGCCUGUACUUCAGGAACUUGGAAAGCAGAAUCCUAGUCUCUUAACACUAAUUCAAGAGCAUCAUGCUGAAUUUCUCCAGUUGAUUAACGAACCUGUUGAGGGUUCUGAAGGUGAUAUAUUUGAUCAACCUGAGCAAGAUAUGCCUCAUGCCAUCAAUGUGACGCCAGCAGAGCAGGAGGCAAUUGGAAGGCUUGAGGCUAUGGGAUUUGAUAGAGCCUCAGUCAUCGAGGCAUUUUUGGCAUGUGACCAUGACGAGCAAUUGGCAGCCAACUACUUACUGGAAAAUGCUGGAGAUUUUGAGGGUUAAAUCACUAACCUACAUUGAUUUGUAGUUUUGUUUGAGGCUUUAUUUAUUUAUUUAUUUUUGUUGGGGGGAGCAUUUUUUUGUACUUAAUGUGUCUUGGCAAAUUUACGUGGAUAGAGUUUUGGAUUUGGUUUGCGUAUUAACCGAGACAAUGGACAAAAGUUACUCUUGAUAUUAGAAUGGUUUAGUUUACACAACAGUGUUUCUGGUUAUCUUCCCAGAUGAAAUAGCGAAGCUCUAAUUGUAAGUUGAUCUAUUGGUAGUUGGUACUAUCGUUUCAUUUUAAUUAGCACCAAUGUUAGAUUUCUGCAUUGCAGCAGAUUCUGAUACGGCUAUUUUGGUCA